CUCUUCACCUUCCUCCCGAAUCCCGCCUCUCUUCCGCUCUAUUCUCCAAUGUUCUUCGUCUCCUCCAGACCCUGUUGCUUCCGCGCGAUUCGCCGACGGGUCUGGGAAACAAGAGCGGCUGCGGGCUGAGAGGGUUCUUGGGAUCUUUCGUGUGUAUUUUGGGGAUUUCCUUCUUCCCGGAGGCACCUCAUAGAUUUUCUCGGUAUCUUUCUCGUGCAUCGAUUUCGAUAGCUUGAUGAUCUUUGGGCACAGGGGAAAUCUAAUCAUUGUCUUGAUGUUUUUCCUGUAUGUUUGCGAGAGAAAUCUCUUUUGCCUGAUUCUUGUUGCCAAAGAAUGGAACUGUCUUGAAUUGAUUCUUGGUGUCAAUGAGCAAUUCAUGUAGAUAAGAAAUCAGAUGACGAGGAAAACAUGCCUGAUCUCGUAGGGGUAACAUCCUGAUAUCUGGACAAAGACCUUGCUGGGUUCUCGACGCCAAAUAUAUGAUGGGGGUUUCACUUCUUCCUAGAGGGAUUUGAAGCUUGAAUGUUGUGAAUUGCUGAAGCUAUGUAGACACCCAUCUCCUGCGCAACCAACCAACGCAGUAAAGCGCUGGUGAAUGAGGCCAGACAUUGUUGAUUCCAAGGAGUAUUCGAGUACAUUUUCAUCACAAGACGGAAAAUGACAACUCAGGUGCUCAUCAGCUUUUGUGGAGAAGAUAGCUAAUCAGAGAAAUAAUGGCUUAACACUGACAGCCGGUUAUACAUAAUUAUAAAGCCGAUGUUUCUGCCUCCAACCGAGAAGAUCAUGAUUUCGAGUUCAGGUAGCUGGAUGUGUAUUCCUCCUGCUGAAGCACCAGAAAAGCCAACAUUAACAGGUUUUCCUCCUGCUGAAGCACCAUUCUGUGUAUUCAGGUCAAAAGGCCUCAUGGGUUUAGUGGAUGCAGUUGCUCCUGCAGGCGUUGGAUUCCGCCUUCUCUCUCUUUUCCGGAUGCGAGAGUGCCUGUGGAGAGGAAGGUGGAAGAAGAGCAGCGAAGCCAGAAAGUGGCGCAAGUAUCAAAGCAAUGUGUCGUUCCGAUAUAGGAAUCCCAUGCAGCACAAACAAACCUCUGUGAUGGGACAUGAGAACUGCUCUCUUUCUGUCGCGAGGGGCUCCUUCUGGAUCAACUCACUCAUGGUGUUCUUUUCCUGUAAAUGACACACGAAAAAGAAAGCUAGCGACGCAUGAGCUGUGUUGCACUGAAACGUCAUCAUGCACACCACCUGUAGGAAGCAGCAAGUCAUUCUUCCAUUGGAAAUCUGAAGAACGAGAUGUUGCUUUCAUGCAGGAAGAACAGCUCAAAACUGGUGAGGUUGACAUGCAAGAACACCUCAUGUUUGAUGCACAGACAAGAAGACACGGUAAAGACGGCAGCAGCAUCUUGCCCCAAGACUAGUUCACCUCCUCUCCAAGCAGUAGCAACAGGCGAGGAGGAGCCUUUCCUCCACGGUCUUCUCGUACAGCUCCACAGGACUCGUCAUCAGCUGUGGGACCCACGGAGAUCUUCCGAAAGAUCCACCUUUCCAUUGUGCUUGGAUCCGACAACAGUCAGCAAGCGAGAGGUGGCCACUUACCAUUCUGCUACUUUCGGGUGAAGUGACAGUAACUUACUACCUUACCUUCCAGUCUGAAAAUAAAAGGAUUAUGUGAUGUCUCCAUAUAAAAUUCGUGGUGAGAAUAAUUUAUCUGUUUUAUUAUUAUUAUUAUUAUUAUUAUUAUUAUUUCGUUUAAUAAUUUCUUGGGCUUCUGUGAAAUUUGUCAGUUGGUAAGUUAUUCUUUGCGAUUUACUUUGGUAACGGAGGACGUGUCGUUUAAACUUAGCAGUGGGUGAAGACCAUCUCACCGCGCUUCGUCUUCCUCCUUUGCUCCUAUUUCUUUAGUCUUUACCAUUACUCUCUCUCUCUCUCUCCUCUCUUAAUGAUUUCACGUCUUUUACCCAUCCCUUUUCUAAUGUGUUUUUCAAACAUUCCCAAUCUCGCGCGUUUCGGAACCCUAAUCUCUCCUCCCUUCAAAACCCUUGGCUUUUGCUCAUGAAUCGCUAGAUCCGCCCAUCCGUCGAGGCCGUCCUCGAUCCACCACGACGUCUGCAGCUGGAGCACUUUUGAUGAUGAGGGGUUUGGAGAAGGAGAACGACCCCACGUCCGUCGCCCCUCCAGCCGUGGCGCCGCCUUCGAAGAAGGAUCGACAUGUCGUUACUUGGACGCCUCGGGAGGAUGAUUUGCUCCGGGAGCACAUCGCUCUUCACGGAACUGCCAAUUGGAGGAGCAUCGCCGCUCUAUUCAAUGGCAAGACAAGUCGCCAGUGCCGGAGAAGAUGGUAUACCUACAUGAAUUCAGAGUGUAAGAAAGGUGGGUGGUCUGCAGAAGAGGACAUGCUCUUAUGUGAGGCACAGAAGAUUUUUGGGAACAGAUGGACAGAGAUUGCAAAGGUGGUUUCAGGAAGAACUGAUAAUGCUGUAAAGAACCGGUUCUCCACCCUCUGCAAGAAAAGGGCAAAACUUGAAGCCUUUUCCAAGGAGAAUACGAGUUCAUCAUCGGAUUUAGGUACUUCGAGGGUUAUAGUUCAAGAUAGAUAUGCUGCAGCAGCGAUGGGGGAAUCAUCAGUAUCUAAUAAGAAAAUAAGGUAUCACAUCUCUCAUCCCAAGGAGAUUGUUGACGGACAUAGGAAGCUUCCUGGGGAACAUGUAUCAGAGCAAAACCAACGAAGGCCACCUCUAGCAGCACUUGUUCAAAAUAUUAACUCUAUUAAUGGGUUGACCAACAACACAAGAGGAUCCCUUUGUGAUGCUUCCAACAAAGAUACUCAAGGCACUUUUCUCAGGAAAAACGAUUCAAAAUUAACUGCCUUGUUGCGGCAAGCUGAAUCGCUUACUUCCCUGUCCAUGAAAAUUAAUGCUGAGGAUACCAACCAGAGUUCCGACGAGGCAUGGAAGGAACUUCAAGAUUACUUGAUCCAAACUGAAGAUGGUGAAUCACUGACAAGAAGAAUAUCCAGAAUGGGUUGUAUGCCAGAUGAUCUCAGAAACUUGAUAGAAGAUGUAAAUAGCACUAAAGAAGAAGGGCAGCAGCCAGUGAGGCAAUUUGAUUCUGAUGAAGAUUCUCAAGGGAGUUCUGAGUGCAGUACAGGUUCAACCCACAAUGUGAAUGCUGGGGAAAGCGGAAGCAUUCAUCAUUAUGAGGAUUGUUCACUGCACAAAGAUAAUGAGGUCAGUCAUCUUAAAGAUGAUGCUGCACAUUCCAGCAUGAACUCUUCUCCAGAGACAAUCUUAUCAUUGUCUCCAAUGCCAAAGGACGAAAUUGUGAAUGGCUGCACGAGCUCAGAAUUCACAUCUCCGUCCCAGACAAUCCCACUUUUCCAAUCUUUUGCAGAUGGAAUUCCGACUCCUGUCUUUACUUCAAGUGAGAGGAAUUUCCUGCUUAGCGUGCUUGAUUUUUCAUCCAUGGGCACCAAGACCAACUCCUCUGAGCAGCCAUCUUGCAAGAAGGCGCUUCUUCAUAGCUUCAAGCCAUCCUAGUACGUGAUUUAGUAGGUCCUACCCUAUUUCUUAAAGCGUUUUACUUUGGAAUUGAGAAAUUCUUCCUCUCCUCCCUUGACGAUUCAGUUAUUUCUGAAUUUAGACGUCAUAUGUCCCAGAAAAAGUAUACAGAUUCUCGCUUAGUUCCUUCUUCUGUUCUUGAACUUAAGUUGCAGCUUUGUCCUGAUUUUAUCAUAGGCACUUUUUGAGUCUGCACAUACAAAAUAGGUGUGUCCUCACUGGUGCAUUGCAAUGUCACCGGCUUCUCCAUCACCAAGCUGUGGUACUGCUUGGUUGCAUACGUGUACAUGCACCAACUAUAGUGGUGCUCAUUUACCAUUCUUUUUCUGAAAGGGUGUAUUUAGUAUUUCCGGUGUUUGCUUUAUUGUUCAUGUAUAAAAGGUCAUUAUUGUGUACUGUACAAGCCAUAUUUACCACAGCACAAGGUCAGUCAGAUAUUCUCUUUCUUUGGUUUGGUGUGCAAGUCAGAAUAAGAAACAUGUCGUUGGUUGCAUGAGUCCCCUAUUACCUUUUCUUCCCUCAUCUGCUUAAUUGAUGGGGCAGGUAUGAGUCCUAGAUUUGAUUUUCGUGUGGACCUUUUUCGUUUUCCCUUCUUUCUCAUAUGUAUGUACUUUGUCCCAUGUAUGUAUAUCAUAUGGCAAUGAAAUAUAUGGUUCUUCAAG